AUGCAGUUUCCUGCCCCAGACCUAGUUUCCUCUCGUCGUCUGCUUCUGAUCACAGACCAACUUCCAGCUCCAGCUGACUUUUUACUGCAUCGAUUUCUUCACUUGCACCUGAAGCAAAGCAAAAUCGCAAAUUGCAUUGUUCUCGCUGUCUCAGAAAGUCUCGAGCGCUGGAAAUCAGUAGCUUCAAAGGCAAACAUCAAUGUAGCCCAGAACGAAUCUUUUCAAUUCAUAGAUAUCUUCGACCAGCAUCCACAUGGAGAGGGAAAUACGAAUGAUCUCUCUCUAAAGAGCAUCUACGAUCUACUAUCAGUCAAGUUGUCAGACUCCCGAAUCAAUGGCCAAAUUCCACUGGUAAUCCUGGAUGAUAUCACAUCACUUGAAUGGCUCGGGGUUUCGCUGCUUGACCUGUCCCGGUUUUCCCGUGCUCUAAGGACCCUCUGCGUCAAGAUGGAUGCAGCAUUGGUCGUCAGACAUCACAUCGUCACUCCACCAGAGCCAGACGCGCUCUUGCAGCACUUGCUUCAACUGUGCACCUACCAUAUCGAGGUCAGGCCUUUAGCCAGCGGGCGAAGCGGUGCAGUGAGCGGAGAGAUAUGCGUGCACCUAGGACCUGGCAUGAAAGAUACGAAGGAACAUUUCAUAUCUCGUACUUCGGCGCUGCAAUAUCGUUUAACGGAGUCGAGUGCUAUGUUCUUCGAAAAGGGUACAAGUACAGGAGUUCUGUAA